AUGUCGACUCACUACGUUGGUCAGAUCGCACCCAACUACAUUCAUUCCACCAUGCAGUCCAACAGCUCAGAUGACUCUUUCACUUUUACCGUCGGCAAGCUCGAUGCCGGCAUGGCCAUUCUCAUCGGCGACAAGGCUUCGCUUAUCGAGUUUCCUUCGCUUCUCCUCCCGCCAGGUGUCUCUUCUGGCAGCGUCGUCAACAUCCGUGUGAUGCGGAACGAUCAGCAGGAACGACGCCAGAAGGACGAAUUCGACCAGCUCCAGGAGGAUAUCCUUCACACCUUUGGCCAACAGGCACCCAAGGCGCCAGCGCUGAGACUACGGAACGUUACGCAGACCUCGGUGACGCUGGAAUGGGAUCGACUGACAUUGGCGACUGCGACGCUGCUUUCUCUCGACAUCUAUCGAAACAACCAAAGGUUGGCACCCAUCCCGAAUCCUCUGCACAACACUUCGACCAAGUUGUCCGGUCUCGAUCUCAACGCAGAGUACACCUUCCACCUCGUACUCAAGACGACCGCCGGUACUUUCUCCUCUCCCGUCAUCAAAACACGUACGCACACCAUCAACGAUACCUCGGGAAUCAGCGUCUGCUUCGGUCACGUACACGACGCAGAGAUGCUCGAAGCGGCGAAAAAGGCGUUGGGCAACAUGAAGGCGAAGUGGCACGAUAGGAUCCAGAUUGACACGACGCAUUACGUCUGCACUGAUGCGAGGAAUCCGGGGGAUGUGAAUGCACCGCAAGGAUCGCAGGGACAGGGGUAUGGUAAAGCGAUGCAGUUGAGCAUUCCGGCUGUGUUGCCGCACUGGAUCUUUGCGUGUCACGAUCAGAAGAAGAUGGUGGGGAUCUCGGCUUUCUACCUGGAUCAGGAUCCGCCGAACGCGAGCACGGUGAGGCAGAGCAUCGACAGGGUGUUGGGUAAGCAGCAGCAGGGUGCAUCUACGUCGGCUGCAGCGGCGACCCCAGUAGCAGCUGAAGCAUCAUCAUCAGCAGCAGCAGCAGCAGCAGGCACUGCCACUUCUCCUCCUCCUCCUCUGGAGAAGGACGCUCUUACACCAAAGGCGACAGAAGAAGAAGAAGUUGCGACAAAGCCAGCACCGUUCGCCGCGGAAGACGUGCCACCGCUCACAGAGCAAGCUGCCGGCACCGAACCGUUCGACGCCACAGAAGCACAUCCCUCCACCCCAACGCCCAUCAUCACCACCUCCGCUCCCUCCGAAGACGGCGCCGUCGAACCACAAACCACGCCUGCACCACCUCAAGUGAUCAUCACCUCGAGCGAGUCCCAAGACGACGUGCCAACCGCACCGGAAGCAGAACCCCAAGCAGCCGAGCAGCACACACAAGUCACAGCCGAGACCGACGAGGACGGCGAUGGCGAGAUGGACGAUGUCAGCCUCGGAGGGACCAACGAGAUGGAUGAAGAGAGACGGUCGUAUUGA